ACAGAGUAUUAAGGAGCACUACUUUCCGCUCCACACGUGAAUUUGCAGCUGGGAUCGUUGGGUUUAAAUCUCCCUCAGCUUAAAGACUGGAGGCUUUAACUCAGCAGAAAGCAUGUACCUGUACGUCCUGGGCGCGGUCGUCGUCUACUACCUGUACCGCUGGCUGCGGGAGUUGGCCCGCGUGGGCGACAAGGCCACCAAGCACGUGUACAUCACGGGCUGCGACUCGGGCUUCGGCAACAUGCUGGCGGGCCACCUGGACUCGCUGGGCUUCAGCGUGAUCGCCGGCUGCUUCACGGAGAAGGGCGAGGAGGACCUGCGUAAGCGCUGCUCCUCCAGGAUGACCACGGCGCACCUCAACGUCCGCAGCCAGGAGAGCAUCGCCAAGGUGGCCGCCAUGAUCAAGGCCAAAGUGGGAGAGCGCGGCCUGUGGGCGGUGGUGAACAACGCCGGCGUGGCCACGCCGUCUUCGCCAUGGGAUUGGCUGACCUUUGAGGACUACAAGGGCAUGAUGGAGGUCAACAUAGACGGGGUGGUCGCCGUGACGCUGAGCGUGCUGCCGCUCAUCAAGAAGUCCCGAGGCCGGGUGGUGAACGUGGCCAGCGUGUUCGGCAGAGUCAGUGCCUGCUCCGGUGCCUACUGCAUCUCUAAGUACGCCGUGGAGUCCUUCACCGACAGCCUCAGAAUCAGCAUGUUACCGUUUGGGGUGAAAGUGUGCGCCAUCGAGCCAGGCUUCUUCAGGACGGCUGUCACAGCCUACGAGGCCCACUGGCAGAGCAACCAGAGGAUCUGGGAGAAGAUGCCCCAGGCAGUUCGAGACGAUUACGGACCCGACUAUCUGCAGAAAGUGGAGCCAAUAAUCAAGAGUGUCCCCAAAAUGGCCGACGCAGACCUGAUGAAGGUGGUGCACUGCAUGGAGCACGCCGUUGCGGGGGUGUCGCCGCGGAAACGCUACUCUCCAGGAUGGGACGCCAAGCUGUUCUGGCUGCCGCUGUCUUACAUGCCCAGCUGCUUUGUCGACUACCUGCUCACCUUCUCAGCCAUUCCCCCAGCGAAAGCGAUCAAAUAAUGGCGCCGAAUUGCAAACCAGAAACCAUCGCAAAUCAAACUCUGCUACCAAGGCCUUCCCAACUAUCUUGGGAGAGCUCAUGAUUUUGCAAACUUUUCAAUGUUAACAUCGCUAAGGAUUUACAACUUUUUUAAACUUCAUCAUUUGCUUGAUUUUGUAGUGAAAUGUUUUUUCAGUGUUCACAAUGCAAACAAUAGCGGCGCCUUUGCAUUCAAAGUCUGGGACAAAUCGAUAUCGUAAAGAUAGCACAGCCUGUUGACCUUGGCAGGAUUACCAGUGUUAAGCGAUGAUGAAAUAAAGCUGAACAAUUAAUUCCGACAAAGGGUUCAAGGCUGCUGCUUGCAAAUCAUUUUUCCUAAUCAAUCUAGUCAGUGUGGAAGACAAUAUUGAAAUGCUCGCUAAAUAGAAUAGCUUCUUGUAAAUAAUCAGUGUUUUCCACCAGCACUAUGGUUAAGGCCUUGUCCCGCCUUGACUACCAACGUAUAUAAAAAAUAUACGUAUUUAUUAUGCAUUAACAGUACAAAUCACGCAGGGAAAGAACAUACUUCCAUCAAGUACAAAAAUAAGUUAAUGCAUCAGUAAUACUGUUCAAAAUAGUCGUGCCAUAGAGCUUUUUGAAUUGAAACGGCUGCACCAGGUGGUUGUAUAUACUAUUGUGAACCGAAACCCUCACGAAGACCGCAGGGCCAUGAGAUUCAAGGUCAUUCUGUAAUAAUUGAAGGGAUGCCUUGAUCUUAUUCAGAAAUCUAAACUUGGCGUGUGAUCCACAGAGAGCCAUAAAUCAUUUCUUCGUUACGUUUUUAUUUUCAUUUCUGGUCAUCAAGUUGCAACACUUGCGACAGUACGUGAAGCAACAGCUUGACAUAUGGCUGCCAUCUAGUGGUCAAAAUGAACGCAGACAUCCACACCCAUUAGGAACAACUGUAUCCUAGCAUGGUCAACACAACUAGAAAACGAAUUGAUACAGAACGUAUCUUUUAUGUAAAGACAGAUCUUUAAUCCAUCUUCCAUUCAUUGGAAACAUUAAAUAUAACUUUUCAGGAUGACAGGACAGGUACAUUUUAUGCAUAUUGAUGUUUUAUAAACCCCGACCCCUCCCCAAGUGCUCCAAGUUGAGGAGUAUCCCCAUCCUCUCUAUUCUUGCAUACACUCCGAUCCCCCCCGCCCCACAACGGUUCUAUUGUCUGGAGAAUUAUUAAGAACCAUGCUCCUCAGCCAGCCUGGCGGCCUUCUCGAUCACCUCCUCGAUGGGUCCCACCAUGUAGAAGGCCUGCUCUGGGAGGGCGUCGUACUCGCCUGUGGAACGAGGAGAGGACAAAUUCAAUAAAAAGCUUAACAAGGGGUGAAAACUAUUGAAAAAGCUCUGACUAACUGUCAUGUAAAAUGUGAAUGUCACAAAAUUAAGCAAACAUUUCCUUGCAGCAAAAAAUUAACCCUGGUUGAAAGUCUAGCACGGUGCUACAAACCAGGGCCAAAAAUGAAUCUACCAUAGUGGAUGUCACAUGGUAGAAUUUAGUUUGGUUGAACACGAGGAGUGCUGCAGUGUUCUGGAUAGGAUAGCGAUGGCACCUUAAAGCGGGCCAAUGUUUAACCACUACCAUUCCCAGUGGACUUAGCAAAACUGUUUUGUUGAUCAUGUAGCACGGCACCUAGGUAGUAGGGGUGUGCCAAAAUAUCGAUACUGCGACAUAUCGCGAUAUUUCGUCUUGCGGGACGUUAUCGAUAUGCUGACGCCAAAUAUCGAUAUUUAAUGGUCCCAUGAUAUGAAAAUCUCACUUUAUGAGGUUUUCUAACAUAAAUAUGAGUUCCCCUAGCCUGCCUAUGGUCCCCCAAUUGCUAAAACUUGCGUUUGGUGUAAAACGAGCACUAGCUGUUCUGCUCGCCUUUGAAAAAACGGAGGCUCAAGUGCGCUGAUUUGGAAUGUCUGUAUUCUUGACGUCAUCAGGAAUCUCAGCUCCUCCCCUUACUCUGCCUGGCCCGCCCAGAGACGUUGGCCCGCCAAUGAGACUCGACCGUGUGAGCGCCACAUGUGUGUGUGUUUGUGUGAAUACACACACUGUAACACAAGUGUUUCUUGUCGGUUCUUUGACGCGUCUUGUAUUUCCAC